GAACAUGCUCUGCCUGUCUCAGAGAUUGCAAGUCAAAUUCAGAGCAUACUUCGCUAUCAUAAUCUUGAUUGCCGUUCAGUUAGUGCAACCAACAAUGUCAUGCAAGAACGAAAACUGCAGCCAGCGUCUUCACCGAAGUCUGAAGCUCAACAAGUUUACAAACAAGAUGACAGUGAAGCUCUUGGACAUAUAUAAAGCCAGUCAAGGAGACUCUACAGACCUGAUCUGUGAAAUGCAAAUGGACAAUGUUCCAGUGUCUACAAUCUCCGGUCAGACUGAAUCGGAGCGCAUCUUAAGUAUGUAUUCCCACCUGAAGGCGUUUCUGCCACACCUGAAGACAGUGAUGGAGCAGCAGCGGGACCUGGAUCCUCCAACCAACCCCGUGACAGAGGGAAUUAACAGCUUGAUUACACACGUUCGCCACAUGGCUGUAAGGGUGAACUGUCUCUUACAAAUCCUGCAGCCAAAUAUACCCAUUCCUGAGCCAGCUGAAAGGCCAACGGGAAUUCCCCCAGCGCAGAAUAUUUUCCAGCAGAAGGUCUAUGGAUGCAUCGUCCUAACUCGGCUUCAGCAGCUCCUUAGUCAAGCAGUUCAAGAACAAAAGUCUCUCAAGGGAAAAACCUGCAGGAGGACAAAAAAGAAUUAUUCUUGAUCAACUCAAACUUGUUCUGUUAUGUAAGACCACGUAAUUUAUUAUUAAUAUUUAUUUUUGUACUGUUUAUAAGAAAUGUUUUCU